AUGACCACUCCCGAUGUCUUUCGAGAUGCGCUGUACAUCGCUGACGUUUCAAACAUCCCCUACGAUGCUCGUGAUGAUGAUGAUGAUGAUGACGAUGAUGACGACGACGAUGGAGACAGAGAUCGUCCCCUAGUGUCGGGGAGGUCUUACCGGAGGGCUGUCUAUGCGAAUUCGAAGAUCGUCCUGCUUGAAAGGUUGCUGCGCGACCUGGAUAUGUUGAUUUACUGCGAGCUGUCUGCCGUGUAUUAUAUGGAUUGCUCAAUCCUCUAUUUCGCCAUCCGCGCCGUAAUCCAGUUCAUUUUCUUCACGCCUAAAGCCGGGCAAUUGCCCGAAUCAUCAACAAAUGAGCCUUCCAUCGUAGCUGUGUUUGCAAGCAACAUAUUUUGCAUUUUGUUUCAUUAUAUAUCAUCCAGUCCUAUGGCCCAUGAGACUUCCCGAGGCUAUUUCCACGGGGGACUUUUCAUCGACUUCAUCGGGCAAAAAGGUCCCAUAUCGAAGUUCCGCCUAUUCCUUCUCGACCUUCUGAUCCUUGCAAUGCAAAUUAUUAUGUUGUGUGUCAUUCUAGAAAAGGAAAGAACGAAACUUCUCUCGAAAACGCCUGAGAUUGCAAAUUCCACGCCUAAUUUGCAGGACCAUGAUUCUGAAGAACGGGGGAUGCUGCGAGAGGACGAGCACUUACCAGGAAUGAGUGAUGAGACGACAACAGAGAGUAUUGAAAUGCGAGAAUUAUCCUCUCCAAAUCAACCUGUGGACAGAAGUAGUGUUCGACUCCUUGAAUUCGAAGCUGGACGGGGAACUCCAGGGUCGGCCAGAGAUAGACAUCCCCGCGACCCUUUUCUAUCAGCUCAGAUACCAAUUGCAGAUAUUGAUGUUCUGCAGAACCUUCGGAAUCAGUGGUACAAUUCCCCCCCAACAACAAAUGGAGGCCAGUCAAGUAGUUCCCAACCAUCAUCGAAUCAAACUGGUAUGAUGAUGCCUUUUCUCCACCGGCGAUUUGGAUUCCAGCUACGCACGAUUUCAUGA